UUAUAUAAUAAUGACAACUAAAUUAAAACAGAGCAAAAAACAGAGUUGCUCUGUUUAUUUAUAUAUAUAUGACAAAACUUUGCUAUGUGGUUAACCUUAGUUUUGGUUUCUCAGCCUUAAAUUUUUUGGUGAUAAGAAUUCACAGUAAUGGCAAUUUCUUCCAUCUUCUUUAGAGUGUUAUUGCUGCUUCUCACCAUUUCUGAUUUGUUUGUGCAAAACCAUGGCCAAAAUUUUGGAAUAAACUAUGGAAGAAUAGCAAACAAUCUACCAUCACCAUCACAUGUAUCAGUUCUAUUAAAAUCAUUGAAUGUGAGCAGAAUCAAACUCUAUGAUGCAAAUCCAAAUGUUCUAUCAUCAUUCUCAAACUCAAAUGUGGAAUUCAUCAUAGGACUUGGAAAUGAGUUACUUCAAACUAUGAGAGACCCUUCUAAGGCUCAAAUAUGGAUUCAACAAAAUGUUCAACCAUACAUUUCAACAACAAAAAUAACAUCAAUUAAUGUAGGAAAUGAAAUACUAGGUAGCAAUGAUGUUGGUAACAUGAUAAAUCUUCUACCAGCAAUGCAAUCAGUUUACAAUGCUCUUGUGACACUUGGAUUAUCUCAACAAGUUACUGUCACCACAGCACAUUCUUACAACAUUUUGUCAAAUUCAUUCCCUCCUUCAAAUGGUGCAUUUAGACAAGAUCUUAUACAAUAUAUUCAACCACUUCUUAGCUUCCAAGCACAAAUAAAAUCACCUUUUUUCAUCAAUGCUUAUCCUUUUUUUGCAUACAAAGAUGACCCGGAUCACGUUUCAUUAAACUAUGUUUUGUUUCAGCAGAAUCCUGGAUCCAUUGAUCCUAACACAAAUUUGCAUUAUGAUAACAUGUUGUAUGCACAAAUUGAUGCUGUUUAUGCGGCUAUAAAGGCGCUAGGACAUACCGAUAUCGAGGUUAAGAUUUCUGAGACAGGUUGGCCUUCUAAAGGUGAUCCUAAUGAGUUUGGUGCAACAUUACAGAAUGCUGAAAUUUAUCAUACUAAUUUGUUGAAGAGGAUUGAUAUGAAACAAGGAACUCCUGCAAAUCCUUCUGUUCCUAUUGAUAUUUAUGUUUUUGCACUUUUUAAUGAAGAUUUGAAACCUGGUCCUGCUUCAGAGAGAAAUUAUGGACUUUAUUAUCCUGAUGGUACUCCAGUUUAUAACAUUGGAUUGAAAACUCAGACUUAUUUUCCAGAAAUGAUUAUAGAAUCCAAAUCCAAUACUUUGUCCAUCAAUUUUAUCAUCUGCAUACUUCCAUUCUUGGUGUUUGUUUGGGAGCUUUCAAGAUUGUCAUGAGGAAAAGAUCAAAACCAAGAAAUUUCAAACGGACCAUUCUUUGCAAAAAGGACUUGUUGAAGAAAUAUGACGGUGUUGUUGCGUAUAAUAUGCAACUAAGAAAAUUUUAGAAAAGCUAGGAUGCAAUAUGUGACUUUGGAGCAUAUGAAUGGAUAAAGAAAAAUUUUGAAGUUAGGAACAUGAUUUAGAAAUUUAAUUGUGGUGGUUAAGUUGUGUUGUUGGACGAGAAUCAUGUCAUGUGGGUCGCAAAAUGUGGGCUAGAGGCGGCUGUUGGACAUUGUUGAAUUCUUACGUCAUCAUCAUGGUCCAAAUGAAUUAGAUUGAUAGAUAAACACAACUACUAUCAAUUUUUUUAAUUAAAAUAUCAAAUAGUGUUUGCUACUUCCUUUUUGCUGCAUACAGAUAAUUCUCUUUAAUCAUAACGCAAAAUAUCUUAUGUUGUUUUACUCUUUUAAAAAGUAGCAAAAUGACCCAUACAGUGUAACACAAAUGAACAUAUAGAAAAAUAAGUGAUUAGAUAUUUGAAUCUCUUAGAGAUUUUUAGAGAUUUGUUUUACUAGUCGCGUAUGUAUUUUUGUUUAUCUAAAAUAUAAUAAAAAAAGUAGUUCAAAUUCUUCGUAGAUAUGAUGUUUACCCCUAAACCCUAAACACUUUACAGUAUUCAUAAAGAUCCGAUAGUUAAUAUUUCAACUUCACAAUAAAAAGUAAAGUUUGAAAUUUCAAUCA